AUGGAGAACGCAGCCAGUCAUGGUUCAAGUAGAAGCAGAGGAUUGAAGCAUCGGAUCACUCGAAUGCUUCUCCGUACUCCUUGCUCUACCUGCAUUGUUUCCGACAAUGGGACCGAGCUUUCCAAUGCGCGGCUGUCGGUUCACUUGGAGCGGAGAAAGCAGAUCAGGUGGCCGAUGGCUUCACUGAAACAGGAGGAGAAGAGAAUGGAAUGGUUUGGCAAUGGUGAGGUGGACUACUUUGAGGGCAGCAAGCGGCAGAGGCAGAAGAGUAGAAGACGGAGUGGAAGAAGGAGACGCUUGUGCGUGGAAGGGGAGGACGAGGAGGCAAGCGGCGGAUUUUUUGCGAUGAUGACACAGUCAAGCAAUCCGUAUGGGGAUUUCCGGCAGUCGAUGGCGGAGAUGGUGGUGGCGGGGCAGCACAUGGACAGCGCGAGCGAGAUGGAGAAGCUCCUCCGCUCAUACUUGUCGUUGAAUUCGCCGGUGCACCAUCCGGUGAUCGUGGAGGCGUUUGUGGACGUGUGGGAAGAGUUCAUGGCUUAG